AUGGCGAAUUCCUGUCAAAAGCCACAUGCAAUCGUGAUUGCACUUCCACUUCAAGGUCAUAUUACCCCGACUGUGAAUCUUGCUGUGAGCCUUGCUUCAAAGGGUUGUACCAUCACUUUUGUCCAUACAGAAUUCACCCAUCAAAUGCUGUCCAAAUCCCAACACUCCAGUAGUGAAGUUGAUUUGUUCCCUGAAGCAAGUGAAUCGGGUCUUGAUAUACGUUACACAACAAUUUUUGAUGGUUUUCCUGUGGAAUUCGAUAGAUUUCAGCACUCGGAUAAGUAUUGGGAGUGCAUGAUUAGAGAUUUUCCAGCUCAUAUUGACGAAUUUGUUGGAAAAAUAAUCCGGUCUGAUCCACAGUCGGCUUAUUUUCUAAUUGCUGAUACUUACUAUACUUGGCCUGCAACAAUUGCCAGGAAAUAUAACCUGGUGAAUGUAUCAUUCUGGACAGAGCCAGCAUUAGUUUUUUCUAUAGGUUAUCACUUGGACCUCCUCAGAGAAAAUGGUCAUUUUCCUUGUAAAGACAACGUUGAGGAAAAUAUAAAUUACAUACCCGGAGUUUCUUCAAUGAAUACAAGGGACUUGAUGUCAUUCCUUAAAGAAUCUGAGAUAGAAACGAUUAUACAGAAGAUUGUGAUCAAGACAUUUGAUGACGAAGUGAAGAAAGCAGAUUUUGUCCUGCUAAACACUAUUCAAGAACUAGAAUUUGAGGCAAUAUCAGCUCUACACCAAAAGCUGCCAACUUAUGCAAUUGGCCCUGUAAAUUUUUCGACUGACUCCACCAAACCAGUCAUUUCUCAAAAUUUAUGGCCUCAAACGGACACUAAAGCAUGGCUCGACUCAAACCCUCCCAGUUCGGUUUUGUACUUGUCGUUCGGAAGCCUUGUUCAGACUAGUAAGCAGAUAAUUCAAGAAAUAGCUCAUGGACUUCUCCUUAGCAAAGUUAGUUUUAUUUGGGUGGUUAGAAGGGAUAUUGUGAGCUUUGAAGAUACUGAUGUUUUGCCAGUUGGAUUCAUGGACAAAAUCAGAGAUCAAGGGUUGGUCGUUCAAUGGUGCAAUCAAAAUAUGGUGCUUUCACAUCCGUCCAUUAGAGGGUUUUUGACGCAUUGUGGAUGGAAUUCUGUAUUGGAAAGCAUAUGGUGUGGUGUACCUAUGAUUUGUUAUCCUUUACGAAGUGAUCAACCUACUAAUAGGAAAUUAGUGGUUGACGAUUGGAAGAUUGGAAUUAAUCUUUGUGACAGAGAAUCAGUUACCAAGGAAGAAGUUGAAGAGAAGAUUGACAACUUGAUGAGUGACACAGUUUGGGAUGGAUUAAUGAUGGAGAUCAAGAAAGUAAGAACCAUACUGCAGAAUGCUUUGGCAAUAGAUGGAUCAUCAGAGAAAAAUAUUGAUCAAUUCAUUAAAGAUUUGAAGGAAAAAAUUCAUGAUAAAAGGCAGGAUAUAUCAACAUGCUAG